UGUGUACUUUGUGUGUGUGUGUGUGUGUGCGUUUCCUCCAUUUGAAAUCGGUUUGGACACUUUUGCAGUGCGUAGGCCAGAAAGCGAGAGCUCCUGGCAGUGCUAAGGAGAUUCGUGUGUCGGCUUUACUGAUGAUCAAUGACGUGGCGGCACAGAGGCUCGGGAGUGGAGUAUAUAAACCAAAGCAAAGAGAGCGCUAAACCGACAAGGGACGCAUGGUGGUUACAGAGCUGAAUCUCGCACGAAGCACUGCGGAACGUACGGGAGCAGUUGGAUCCCAGUGCACGCCCGUGUCGAGGAAGAAAUAUGGAGCUGAAAACAAUAGAACAAGUACACUUCGCUGUGAAAGCGCCCACCGAGAGAAGACACCCCAGAGCGGAUCGUCCUGAAAACCUCGUACCAGCUGUCCGACAAGGCGGCAGAGGUGCACCUAGCGGCUCAGCCAAAAUUCUCUUGCAUUACAAAAACGCGGCUCAGCACUUGACCGCGUCUGGACUCAAGGUGUCUGCCAUUUCCAAGGCUGGUGUAGGUAUAAUUAAAACGAUCACCGGGCACUGGAGACACCAGGAGAGGAAAGCGCGGGUUUCGCGGUCAACAAGCGCUGGCAAUCGCCACGCGUCUUCCGAUCAUUUCCUUUGCAAGAGCCCCCCACUCGAUCCGCUGGCAGCUCUGGUGCUGCGCGGUCAGUCCAGUCCGAACCCUCUGGGGCACGAGCAGCGGCAGGUCAAGCUUCGCCCCGCUAAGCCGCAGAACUGCCGGCGCAUCGUGGUGCUGGGCGCGCCGAGAACGGGCAAGACAUCCAUCCUGCGGCGGUUCCUGCGUGACGGCUUCACGGAGCAGUACGAGGCCACCUCUGAAGACUUCCACAGAAAACUCUACCAGAUCCGCGGCGAGAACUACCAGAUAGACAUCUUGGAUGCCUCCGGGGAGAGAGGUUUCCCCGCCAAGCGCAGGUUGUCCAUCCUGACAGGUGACAUCUUUCUCCUGGUGUGCAGCGUGGAUGACAGAAGCUCAUUUGAGGAGGUUCGCGCGCUGCGUAAAGAGAUCAUGGCUGCAAAGACCAAGCUCCUGAAGCAUAAAACAAGCGUACGUGUCCCAACUGUAGUAUGCGUGAAUAAAGUGGACUUGGAUCCAAAUGAGAGAGACGUCAGCCAGGCCGAGGUCUGCCAAGUUCUCGGGAACGACUGCAUCGUUUUCGAGACUUCCGCCAAAGAUGGUACCAACCUGGAGGAGAUGUUCGGGGCCUUGGCAAAAAGCGGGGGACUUCCCACGGAAACCCUGCCGUCUAUGCACCGCAAAAUCUCCAUCCGAUCCUACCAGGCGCUACGCUCUAGGCGAGGAGGUGCUAGAGGGAAAAGAGCGCGUGAACACGAUACUUCCUUUGGCGCGCUGUGUCCUCUGGCUCGUCGUCCCAGCAUCAGCGCGGAUCUCCGGCAUGUCCUGGGUUCCAGUUCCACUAGAAAACCAGAUAAACAGACUGAAAGGUGCCAGAUUCAGGGAAGGAGAACAUUUUUGUGUACAUAAUAAAUUAAUUCGGCAUAUAGCUGCUGGCUGGACCAGUCGAUCAAAAUAACGACCACCAUUUUUCAUUAAAUGCUUUCAUUGAUUUCGUACAUGUACUGUGAAGGAAACAAAUUGUCGAACAAAAAUGUUUUCAUAAUAAACGGAAAGUGAAUACA